UGUUUUGUUGUCAGUAAUGUUAUUAUUAUAAUAUUUUUAGGAUAUAUAGAUAAUUUUAUUUUAAGUUUUAAUUUAUUUUUAUCAUUCAAAUGUCGAAAAUCUCUAAACCUGUUCUCAAUUUAAAACAAUUUAUAUUAAAACAAGAGGUAAAAACUCUCUACAGGAGAAUAUUUAGAGCUGUAAGGAAAGUACCUGAUCAUCAUUAUCGCAGCGAAUUGAAAGACUGGGCUAGAAGAGAUUUCAGAAAUAAUGCUCACCACAAAGAUGAAACUACCAUCAAGAUGUGUAUCAAAUAUGGGGAGAGAUGCUUGAGGGAAUUAGAAACAAGUUUAAGUUUGGCAAAAUAAUUUAUUAGUAUUCACAAUAAGUAUGAAUGAGCAUUACAAAAUGUCUGAAUUUAAAA